GACACCGAGAAACGUGUCCCUGUUUUAGUGCCUCGCUGAGGCCACGCCCCCUCGCUGUCUCUGCUAACGGGAGGUUCCUGCAGAGAGUUUUUUCCCCACAGGCGAAGUUUCUGUGGCGAAGAAUAACAGAAGGAAAGCUAAUCGAUUCAGAAUGGACGCCUUAACUGUCCCCGCAAACGGAGGAGAGGGCUGGUAUUUGUCACUCAUGGCACCAAACACAAAGGGACCAAGUUUUGCGUGGCUUGACCCAUCCAGACUUUACUGCAACUCCCAGGCCCUGUCAGACUGCGUGAAGGACCUUCUCAAACCAUUCCAGAACGACUCCAUCGACCUGGUGGCUGGAAUAGAUGCAAUGGGCUUCAUCCUGGGUUCAGCUGUGGCCAUCACUCUGGGAAAAGGCUUUUUAGCCAUUCGAAAAGCAGGAAACCUCUGUGUGGAAACCCGAACACAGGAUUACAGCGACUACUCUGGCAAAGACAAGCUAAUAGAAGUGCGACUAGAUGUCUUCAGACCAGGUCUGCGUGUUCUAAUAGUCGACCAGUGGAUUGAGACUGGAGGAACAAUGAAAGCUGCCAUCAAACUGGUAGAAAAACAGGGAGCAACUGUUGUGGGUGUUGCAGCUGUGGCCAUUGAGAACAGUGAAGGUGGAAAGUGGAUAAAGGAAAACUACAAGUACUCCCACUGCGUUCCUAAGGAGCUCCAGUCUCAAAUAGACAGCAAAUAUCUGGAAUCUUUCAAGACCUUCAGUAGUUGAACUAGGGAUCCAGUGACUGGGGAGAAGAAAACAAGAUCUGCAGUCAGUGCCCUGACUGUCUGUGAUGCUUCUGGUAUGUCUGAAGAUGUUCACACAGGACUGGAGUGAUAGUCAUUUAUCAUUAUUACUGACAGCUACAUCAGAGCUAAAGGAUGAUCUCUUAACAGUUCUUUAUCAAAACAGUCACUGCCUUUUAAUAAUUAAGAAGGAGAAAAUUAAGUCUAGUAUUAUUUGAAAUUUGGCAUAUGACUUACAUCUUCUACAGAAACUGCUUGCAGCCACUAAUCAAUCUAUUUUAAAAAUUAACUGAAGUAUACAGAAUGAUGCUUAAUGUGUAAAUUAUAUUAACUAAUUAAUCAUUUUUAAUAUAUGCAGCACAUUUACAAAUUUGACAAGCAAGAGGUGAGCAGAAAGACUUUAGGAGACUUUAAUGAGGCCUACUAAUUUGUAUACAGUAUAAAAAUGUUUUAUUUAAACAAAAUGCACAU